AUGGAUCUUCGAGGCAUGCUGAACGAUAAUGUCCCACCAGCGAACCCCCCGACUCUGCCGCCGCAGUUGCAGCAGCCAACGCAACGGCCGUCGCAACAGCCCACGCUCCCGUCGACUCCGGUACAAGCGAAGCCGCCGCAGUCGUUUCGCGACUACAGCCAGACCCAACUCUCACCCGGUCUACACGCGUCGCACGACUAUGGAGCGCACCAUGCGCCAUCUGGCUCAUUUGCAUCACCGUCGCAAUAUCAGGCUCCGCACUCGAUCUCCUACGCGAGCCGACCGCCGCCGCAACUCCAACAGGCCUCAUCCAGCGAUCUCCGGUCGCCGAGUCUUGGUUCCGGGUCGGCAGCCUCCCCAUACCGGCAGACUCCGUCCGCCUCGAUGAACAGCGCCUCCGGUUAUUCCUUCCCAUCGCAGCACAACCCCACAAGCCCCGUGCAACGACACCAAUAUCCGCCGACCGGCGCCUAUCACCGAGACAGUUACCCCCAGUCCGCGGCGUCGGCGGGUAUGACAGGCCCGCCGAACGCCAGCCCGUACGUGCAAGGGUCUCACAUUCCUCAGACUCCACCGGUUGCGACUCCAGGCACCGGACAUUCUUAUCUUCACCGGACUCAAUCGAUGCAAUCCACGCCCACGCCGGCUUCGGCGCACAGCCAAUCUGCGCAAUAUGGCGCGCCUUUCGCGCAAGGAAGUCCUGUGGCAGCGCCGCGUCCUCUGCAACAACCAGAACCGUAUCAACGCCAAUCCUCGCAACCGCCAACUCCCGGAGGAGCGGGCCCGCUGUCCGCGCGCCCAGCGCAAGUCAGCGGUUACGGGCCGCCAAGCCCUUACCAGCAACGGUUGCCGGGGCCGGGGAUCCAUUCGACGUCGCAUAAUACAUCGCCGCCACCGCCUCCUCCGCCCUCACUCCCUCGACAUUUGAACAGCCAAAGCGGUCAGGACUCGCAUAGCCAGGAUUCGGCUCGGGUCCCACAGCAACAGAAUGAGAGGGAACGAAGCCUUAGCGUGAGUCCAAAAACGCGAGUCCCCAGUUUGCCAAGCAGCUCCGGGCGCCCUGGCACCUCGGUUUCGGAGCCUGAGCCGCGUCCCAAUCAAGCCCCGCCCGCUCCGACAAUGAUUGAGCGCGCUGCUACGCCCGCCAAGCGGAAAUUAGAUGACCGGGAGCUGCGACCAGACGAGCUAGAAAAGCGAGAAACACGACCGCCUCCAUUCGAGAACCAAAACGGACGCGCGGCUGCUCCCGACGCAGACGCUUCGGCGCAGCGUCCGGCCAUGCCGACCAAGACCACGAAGAAGAGAACGGUAUACCGGACGAUUCCACCAUGGGCACAGUCGCUCAAAGAUCGAGCACCGGCUCAUCCGAACCGCGUCCUCUAUCAGCCUAUUCCACAUACAGGCCCGCACAUUAACGGCAAAGCAGACCGACCAUUUGCCAGGCCGGAACGCAUGCAAAGCCGGCACGCCUCUCCGGAAGAGAAACGCGCCGCGGGCCCCAUCACGCCAGCACCCAGCAUUCCGCCGGAUGCCGGAAUCCAAUGGGGCCUGUUAGGGCCAUGGGAGGCAAGUAUCACCAAUUCUGUUCCGCAGGAACAGUUCAGCAAGGCAAUCGCCGAUUUCUUAUUCCAAUACGUCAUCCUCAACGAGGACAUGGGAGAGAUCCAAAGCCGGGGCGUCAAGUUCGAAGUAGAAGCCAAGCUGGGGAUGCUGAUCGACAAGGACACCAACAAACGAGUGAGGCUGCCAGUGCAGUCUGAGUGCGUGCUGAGCGACGGUGGCAACUGGCUCGGGUUCCGGUCCAGCAUGACGGAGCAUCAGCACAAGUCGUUCAACGAGUUCCUCAAUUUCCUCGUUCAGCAGACGCACCCGGCAAAUAAGGCCAACGCCGCCCUGCCCCGGCCGCGGCUGCCCAUCGACUAUCGCCACCGCCACGAGGUCGACAGGUUCUUUGAGCUGCCCGCCUCCGUGCGCGACCGUCUCUUGCCGGUGUGCGUCGCCAAGCCCAUCGCCUCCCGGGGCCACGGCGCCAAGGUCCGCGUGACCUACGACCAGAAGACGAACAAGGUCAUCGGCAAGAUCGUCAAGGCGCGCAUCGCCGACAUGAGCUUGCAUUUUCCCGACCUGCCCCUCGACUGCCGCAUCAGUAUCAACCUUGAGAUGGACUGGGACGGCACGGUCGAGGAGCUGGAGCGGAUGGCGAGCUCGACGGGGCGCCCUCCCACGCCGGCCAGGAUGAAGGACCGGUUGAGCUACAAGCACGGGUGUUACCAGAUUGAUUUGACCCAAGUCACGCAGAACGUGACUGGAGUGGGAAAUACCCAGCGCACGGAGAAGGAGCACGAGCUUGAGGUAGAAGUCGACCCGGCCCCCAUUAUUGAGCAGGGACGGAGGGCCAUGGAGGGCCAACCACAUCAGUACGUGGAUGUGGUGGACGGGCUGGUCAACAACAUAAGGAUAUUGGCACGAAAGGCAAGGGAAUUUGGUGCAUAGGAGGCAGCGCUGCCCCUCUAGUCAUCGUGACUGUUGAAAGAGGGGAAACCUGUACAACAUUAAAACUUCGGGGAGAAGCGGCUGGAGUCGUGUUUCGUUUCCCUCCCGUGUUUGUGGAACAUUUUCUGAGACUCGGCCUGUUAGGGCCGGGACCUUUGCUCUUUUAUUUCUGUCUUUAUCGUCGUUUCUUGUUCCUCAGCGUCUUUAGAUACCAUCUAGUUCUUGUUCUGGGACGGACAGAAAGAGCUUGGGAGCGCGGUAAAAACAAAGGGCGCUGCGAACGGAACGAAAUGCACUGAUUCAGGGUCUUCGGUAUGGGAUGAUGGCGAAUCGCCUUCGGUUUCUGUGUAAGGACUGGUAAACUUGUGAGAUAAUUAUGCCCAUCUGAUGUUAUAGUACUUUAUGCGGGGAGGUCUUUCCGCUUAUAAUU